GCGCUGUUACUGCAGUAAGCAUCGCUAGCCCGUUAGGUCCUUUCUCUUCUCUCCAUCCGUCAUGGCGGAGGAUAGCGAGUCUGCGGCCAGCCAGCAGAGCCUGGAGCUGGACGACCAGGACACCUGCGGCAUCGACGGAGACAAUGAAGAGGAAAAUGAACACACACAAGGAAGUCCUGGUGGAGACCUUGGUGCGAAGAAGAAAAAGAAGAAACAAAAGAGGAAAAAAGAAAAGCCUAGCUCAGGAGGAACCAAGUCUGAUUCAGCCUCUGAUUCUCAGGAGAUAAAGAAUCCAGCCAUUCCCAUGCAGAAGCUGCAGGACAUUCAGAGGGCCAUGGAGCUGCUGUCUACUUGUCAAGGACCUGCCAAAAACAUAGACGAGGCCACUAAGCACAAGUACCAGUUCUGGGACACUCAGCCUGUGCCGAAGCUCAACGAGGUGGUGACCACUCACGGCCCGAUCGAGCCGGAUAAAGAAAACAUCCGACAGGAGCCAUAUUCCCUCCCGCAAGGUUUUAUGUGGGACACGCUGGAUCUCAGCAGUGCUGAAGUGCUGAAAGAGCUGUACACGCUGCUGAAUGAGAAUUACGUCGAGGACGAUGACAACAUGUUUAGAUUUGACUAUUCGCCUAACUUUCUUAAAUGGGCACUGCGCCCGCCUGGCUGGCUGCCUCAGUGGCACUGUGGUGUAAGAGUCUCAUCCAACAGGAAGCUGGUAGGCUUCAUCAGUGCCAUUCCUGCUGACAUCCACAUCUAUGACACGUUAAAAAAGAUGGUAGAGAUCAACUUCCUGUGUGUGCAUAAAAAGCUUCGCUCCAAGCGCGUAGCUCCCGUUCUGAUCCGAGAGAUCACACGUCGGGUCAACCUAGAAGGCAUUUUCCAGGCGGUCUACACCGCUGGGGUGGUACUGCCCAAACCUGUCUCUACAUGCAGGUAUUGGCAUCGCUCUCUAAACCCAAGGAAGCUUGUAGAGGUGAAAUUUUCCCACCUCAGCAGAAACAUGACACUACAAAGGACCAUGAAGCUUUACCGGUUACCAGAUAGCACACGCACUCCUGGGUUGAGGCCGAUGGCGGCUAGUGACGUGCAGCAGGUAACGGCGCUCCUGCAGAAGUACCUGAGCCAGUUCCACCUGCAGCCCGUCAUGGGGGAGGAGGAGGUGCAGCACUGGUUCCUCCCACAAGAGAACAUCAUCGAUACAUACGUGGUGGAGGGUUCUGGUGGCACGUUGACCGACUUCAUCAGUUUCUACACACUGCCAUCUACAGUCAUGCACCACCCGCUGCACAAAAGCCUAAAAGCAGCCUACUCUUUUUAUAACGUGCACACGGAGACGCCGCUGAUCGAUCUGAUGAACGAUGCGCUCAUCCUCGCCAAACUGAAAGGCUUUGAUGUUUUUAAUGCUCUGGAUUUAAUGGAGAAUAAAACUUUCCUGGAAAAGCUCAAGUUUGGAAUUGGAGACGGGAACCUUCAGUAUUAUCUUUACAACUGGAAAUGUCCCGGGAUGGAGCCUGAGAAGGUUGGCCUCGUGCUCCAGUAACCAGCUGCUACAUUCAUGUCCAGGGGACGGUAGUUGAAACAUAACAUGCAGCAAAUCCAUUCAGUGAAUGAGUUCCAUUGCGCAGCUCUCUUAGGUCUCGUUUUUCUUAUGAGAGAUUCUCUCAUAAUUUUUUCCUCUCUAAAUAUCGGCAGAAUGUGAAAAGCAUCAGCUUUAGACUGACUUUUUCUUCAACUUCUUCAACUGUAAACACAAUUCUCAAUUUUCCCAAGAUGCAUCAACUGUCAAUGCCUCUCAUUAUCGCUUUCUUUUUUUUUAAUGCACAUACACGAUAGACAAGCAAAUGUCUUUCAGAUGAUCUCCAUCAAACCCGUUUCCUUCUAUUUUUUUUGUUUCCAAAUCAGUGUGAAAGAACAAGCACCUGUAUAGUUAAUGUGUGAUAUUUAUUACGUGUUGUGGUUUAUAAAAGGGACUGAGAAACGAGGCAGGGUCGCAUCCAAAGUCUUUACCAUGGAACUCUGCUCUGGUUUUGGCUCUCGGUUGGGUUUUGCUGCGUACAUGUGAAGAAUGUAUCACCUCUUUUUUUUUUGGAAGCACAACAUUGAUCUUAAUCGAGCUUAAAUGCUCUAGCGUUCCUUUUUUUUUUUUUUUUUUUUAAUAUGAAUGAUUUUUUUUGUGUCUAGGUCAUGAGUAUGUGCAAACCUAGAAGAAUGUGAAGCCUCGUUUUCAUUUGUGUACACUCCAGUGUUUAGUCUGUUAUUUCAAACAAUUCUGAUAUUUAGAAUUGUAUUUAAGUUGAACGUAUCAUCCGCAAAUCAUAAGAACAAAAGCUCAAAGCAGUGACACGUUUGCUGGCACGUGCUGCAAAUUUUAACAAACAAGCACAAAGGAGCAGACGAGACGAACAAUCACGUGCACGUUGUUGCUUUGACGACGACACGAUCUUUCUAAUUCAAGCUUUCCCUGUGCUUUUGGUUAUAUGCAGCUGGAAAAUUGAUCAUUAUUUGAUUUCAUCGCUUUUACAUGGGACUUAUACAGUAUAAAUAUAUAUGCUUUUUUUAUACAGUAGAAAAUGCCUUUGUGUUCCUGCUUCUGUCAUAAUUAACAAAUGUACGAGUAUCAGUGUCUCCAGGCCUUUAAAGCACAUCCAGAUUACAAUUUUAAAAGGCACCAGAGAAUAAUCUCCUUUUAAAUUAGACAACUUUUCAGACAAAAUCCAGGUCGCUAUCUGUGAAUGCCAGUGAGUGUGUUCAUGUGUGUGUAUGCAGUCCUGAAGCUUGCUGUAUGAUCCGAGCAUGAUCACCCCCCCGAAAAUCACCCAAAAUACUUGCCUUAUUUACAAGGUCUUUUUUUUUAAACUAGCUGAUGUGGUUUUGAAAUGACGCUCAGCUUUCUCUGAAAAUUUUUAUUAAACUCCAUUGCAGGUUGUGUGAACUUCAAAUGAACUUAAAAGAAAUUGUACCAGCACCAUGUCAAACACGGUGGCCACCCAGAUAUCAGAUUGUUAAAGAUACAUCAAUGAAUACCAGCAUGGAUAUUUGAAUAAAAUAAAAAUCAUCUGAA